GUCCCGUGAUACAGACACUCCCAGCUAGCCUGCUCCAAAGCUAAAGGUGUAGCUCUCUCUCUUUCUUCCAAUGGAUUUCCUUGAUGAAAGGAAUGUCUGUGGCCAGACCAUACUGAAACUAGUCUCCAGGGCUAAUGCUAUCAUAGCUGAGCUGCUCCGUCUCUCUCAGUUCAUCCCUCCAGUACUGAGACUGGACAACCCGAGGGACAGGCAACUCUACGAGUUUAUACUCCCUGACUUUAGGUACUUCAACGGACCCGAGUUCUUUGAAAGCAAGAUUGAUGCUAGCAUUGAGCUACAGGACAGAGAUGAGGAAUUCAAAGAGAAUCAUUUGGAAAUAAUUAAAAGAUUUUUUAAAGUUUUUGAAAGCAUUUACCGAUAUGUUAAUGACCUGAACAGAUUUUUAAUUGAUCUUUAUGAGGGCGUGUACGUUCAAUUGACUUUGGAAUCGGUUCUACUAAACAUUGAUGGAAAACAAUUACUGAGUGAGGCCUUGUACUUGUAUGGUAUCAUGUUAUUGAUUACUGACGAGAAGAUUGACGGACUCAUACGGGAGAGAAUAUUAGUGGCCUUCCACCGAUACAGUGCUGAGACGUCAGUUGACAGUAAUGUGGAUGAUGUCUGUAAGUUGUUGAGGAGCACUGGGUUCACCAGCAGUCAUAAACCACAGAAUUAUCCUGAAGACUUCUUCAGUAGAAUACCAAUAUCUGAUGAAUUCAUAUCAAUGGUGAUUGGACGCCUUCGGUCUGAUGAUAUUUAUAAUCUGAUAUCCAAGUACCCAAACCCUGAGCACAGAAGCACUGCCCUAGCUAACCAGGCGGCCAUGUUGUACGUGAUACUUUACUUCUCUCCUGCUACACUCCACAGCAGGGAGGCACAAAUGAGAGAGAUUGUAGACAAGCACUUUCCUGACAACUGGGUUAUUAGUAUAUACAUGGGUAUAACGAUUGAUCUCCUUGAUAAGUGGGAGCCAUAUAAAGCUGCUAGGACAGCUCUAGCUAAUACACUGCAGGCCGGGAACAUACAGGCUCAGGCUCGGAGGUUUCUGUCUAAAGUACCUAAACUGAACAAAGCAAUGGAGGGGUACCUUACAGAGGGUACCCUAACUGAGAUGUAUGUUCUUGAUAACCUCUCUCGCCUGAUGGGGUCUCUAAGGGACUCUAAUGCCACCCUCCGAUGGAUAAUACUCCACACUGCACCAGUUGCUGAUCACAAUAAAAAGUGUAAAAUGAUACGAGAGGAGAUUGUACAGACAGGGUACGACCCCAGGGGGCUGUUCCAAUUUUUAUUAAACGUCUCACAAUUUGAAUUCAUCAUGAAAGAAAUGUUUGAGCACUUGUUGCAAGAGAAACAGAACAAGUGGGAGCUGUACAAGAAAGAGGCGAGUGAGAGAAUGGCUGAACUAGGGGAGGUCUUCUCUGGAACCAAACCACUGACCAGAGUGGAGAAGAAUGAACAUUUACAAGCUUGGUUUACCGAGAUGGCUAGUCAAAUUAAUCAACUGAACUAUGAGGACGCAGUCACUGCAGGAAGGAAGAUAACUCACUUACACCAAGCAGUGGAUGAGGUCCAAGAGUUCCACCAGUUGGAGACCAUUAUGCAAGUGAAACAGUUCCUUGAAGACACGAAAGGGUAUCUCAUUAAAAUGUUAAGAACUGUCAAUAUAAAGGAAGAUAACUUGUCUCAGUUGGAGAUCAUUGCUGAUCUAUCCUAUGCCUGGAUACUGAUUGAUAAUUACACUCCCUACAUGCAAGAAGGGAUCAAGAAGAAACCACAGCUAGUCAUUAAACUGAGAUCAACCUUCCUUAAAAUGAGCAGUGCCCUUGGCCUCCCUUUGCAAAGGAUAGAUCAGGCCAGGAGUAAUGACCUUGGGUCAGUCAGUGCUUACUACUCAAGGGAACUCGUCACCUACGUCAGGAAGGUUUUACAGAUUAUUCCGGAGACUAUGUUCUCAAUAUUACACAUGAUAGUUAAAGUAUUGACUCACGACAUUAAAGAGGUCCCAACUCGAUUGGAAAAAGACAAAAUGAAAGAAUAUUCUCAACUUGAUGACAGAUACAAAGUAGCGAAAUUAACUCAUGACAUAUCAGUCCUCACUGAAGGAAUAUUAAUGAUGAAGACCACACUAGUGGGGGUGAUAAAGGUAGACCCUAAGCAGCUACUGGAGGACGGUAUUCGUAAAGAGCUUGUGAGACAAGUAGCUGGAGCACUCCAUCACGGACUCAUCUUUAACCCUAAAGCAAAGUCUAGUGAGCUUGUUCCAAGGCUGGUGGGUCUUGCUGAUAGAAUGAACGGAUUCAAGAGAUCCUUUGAAUAUAUACAGGACUAUGUGAACGUGUAUGGACUGAAGAUAUGGCAGGAAGAGAUUUCAAGAAUAAUUAAUUACAAUGUUGAGAAAGAGUGCAAUAGCUUUCUUGAGAAGAAAGUCCUUGAUUGGGAGUCGGUCUAUCAAAGUCGUAUCAUUCCAAUACCUCAGUAUCCUCCUGUGGAUCAGCUAUCAGUUAAUUUCAUUGGACGACUAGCACACGAAAUACUGAGAAUAACCGACCCCAAACUAACAAUCUAUGUAGACCAAAUGAACACUUGGUAUGAUAAGAGGACGAAUGGUGAAGUUGUUAAUUUGAGGCUUUGGGAGUAUCUUGAGAAAGCUGUUGAUAUAUUUGGUUUGAGUGGGUUGGACAGAUUGUUUUGUUUCAUGAUUGUCAAAGAAAUAAAAUAUUUUAUAAAGUAUUUCAAAAGAAAUUUGUUAAAAUUGAAAGAAUUCCAAAUGUUACUUAAGAAAUUAUCUCAAGUUGUACGGUCACCUCUCACUUUGAUUCCUGAGGCUCAGAAGACCUAUGGGUUCUUUGUUCAGAAAACCGUUAAAGUUUGGGAUCCUUAUCUUGCUUGUGUCCUUCGUGUGGGACAGCUCCAGCUGAUUCGCUGUCAGAUAGCAAACCAGUUAAACCGGUGUGGCAAGUUUGAUUCAAGACUAUUAGUGAAUGCUUUAGAGACUUUUAACAACUCCCUACUGUCAGCAGUUGAGGCUCAUUAUAGGGACCCUGACAAGCCUUACCCUGGGGUUAAUGAACAGGACAAUGAUAUUCUCUCAGAGCUGACUCCCUACCUUGAAACAACUGGAAUAUCUGAUCCACUGUCCAAAAUAUACAUCACUACUGACGUGAUGGACCAGUUCUCAUUAAUUAAUUUCUUGUUUGUGAUUUCUCAGUUAUCUCGUCUCACAUACACUAAAACCACAGGCUCAUUGACUGCUAAGAAACCUGUUGAUCCAAUUGAUGGAGCUCCUUUUGUUGCCGGUUGUGUCACUUUAUUGAGACAAUUUCAUUCGGACAAUUCUGAACAAUGUCUCCUCUUCUUAGGACAGUACAUUAAGUCACUGAUGGAAACCAGUAAAGAUAAAGGUGACAUUACUGGAGAUGCUUUCAGUGCCCUCUGCUUUAUGGAGGAAUAUGCUCAUUACAGUCACUUACCUAGAAGAUGUUUGGAGCAAUACGUCCCAAUGUAUUUACUUGACGAGUAUCGAUAUCACAUCAAUUAAUAACUAUUAAUGUUUGCUGUGUACAUAAUAAUAAUAAUAGUAAUAGUUAUUUGUUUGAGAAAUUUUUAAUUAGUUAACUUGGUGAUAUUAAUCCUGGGGGAUCCUAAAAGCCAA